AUGAAAAGGCCCAAACAAACCAAACCCUCGCGCGGAGCCUGAGAAAAACGCAAGCAGCAGCGUGCAAAGGGGCAGCAUCCACAUGGUGAGCGAAGGAACGCCUCUUGCAAACCGCAAAACCCCAAUUCGCAGCCACAAAAAAUUAAGGAAAAACCAAAAGAAAUUGGGAUAAUCCGACUCAGAAUCCCACGAAAGGCUCACAACAAUCCACGCACCCACAAAUCUUUUUCCAAAACCCCAAAUCUCCAAUGGGUCGCACCUAUUUCUCUUCUCCGAGAAUCACUGCUUUCGGAGAAGACACAAGUAGAUGCUUCGGCUGAAUGUGUACUGCAGCAGUUGCUGCUCUCUGAUUCCAGAAGGCAGAGAUGUGAGGACUGGCUUUGGAUUUGGGCCGUCUCUGGUGAUCCGAUUGAGGCGAAAUCGGAGGCUGAAUCGAAGGGUUUUAGCCAAAGCCUUGAAGGAUGAUCAGAAAGACGGCGCCGGCGGCAGAUUUCCCGGCCAGAAAUGGGACCCUGGUUUGGAAAUUGAAGUCCCUUUUGAACAACGGCCGGUGAAUGAAUACUCAUCUUUAAAAGACUCUGCAUUGUAUUCAUGGGGGGAGCUGGGAGCUGGGCCAUUCUUCCUUCGCCUUGGAGGGCUUUGGUUGGUAAGUUUCACGGUCUUAGGAGUUCCCGUUGCAGCCGCAAGCUUCAAUCCAUCAAGGGAACCUUUGCGAUUUGUGCUUGCUGCUGGAAUUGGAACCCUUCUCCUCGUCUCCUUGAUUGUCCUGAGGAUAUAUCUGGGUUGGAGUUACGUGGGAGAUAGGCUGUUAUCGGCAGUCAUACCUUACGAAGAGAGUGGAUGGUAUGACGGCCAAAUGUGGGUUAAACCCCCUGAGGUUCUGGCUCGUGAUAGAUUGUUAGGAUCUUACAAGGUUAAACCAGUGAUCAACAUGCUGAAACAAACUCUAGUUGGAACAGGGGUUGUUCUUGUCUCAGCUGUAUUAUUGUUCAUAUUUUCUACACCAGUGGAGGAUUUUGUACAAACCACACUUUCCUCAAAACAAAGCACAUCAUCCAACGUUAAUCCAGAUUCAAUCAUCAACAAAAAAUACAACUUAAGAAAGGACGAGUUGCUUCGGUUACCAGUUGAGGUCAUGGCCGACGACGAGCUUGCAGCGGCAGCAGCGGAGGCAGCCGAUGGAAGACCGGUUUACUGUAGAGAUCGGUAUUAUCGAGCAUUAGCAGGAGGACAAUACUGCAAAUGGGAGGACUUGGUUAAGUAAAUACAAAGCUAGGUGAGAAAUAUUCAAAAGCAACUUGGUUUCUGUUUAAGCUGGGGAAGAAAUGUUCAAAUGAUUGCAUGAUUCUAUAUAGUUUGGCAAUUAAUUGUAAGCCUUAUUUUUUAUAUUUGUUACAAUAUUCCUAAUAAGUUUUAGUUAUGAAAGGUUAUGGAAAGAGAAUUACUA